GCGUUAAGAGCUUCUUAACGUGUUUGGGAAACGCGGCCAAUAGCAUUUACUCUGCUAGUGGUGGUGGUAGUGUGGAACUCUACACUGAACUCGGACUGACCUCGGUUCUGUUGCCUACAUUAUGGAAGUAGGGCUAUUUUGCCCGAAAAGUCAGCCAUGGUUUGAAAGGGACUUCAGAGAAACCUCCUCUGUUUGAUGUUAGGCCUAUGUGUCUCACUGCACGAGGAUUUGGGAAGCCCAUCAGUUAACAUCUGUCAAGGUCCUUCUCUGGGAGAACAUUUCCCUAAAGAGCCAUGGCCCUUUCCACUUGUAACCUGUCCUGCGUGGUUGCAGUACUAAUCUGCUGGAGUGGAGCUUCCACAUUUGCCUUUCCACUAAACAUUACAAUGGAAAUGAGUGGUGAUGGUGCAGAACCAGAGAUUUUCCCUGCAGUGCUUACCACUCACAUCCCUGUUUCAGUUGCUCCAACCCAAAAGGUCAGCACUAUUACCACUACUAUCAUUCGCAUAAAGGACUUUGUCUUCAACCAAGUGGUGGAUGUCUUGAAGGAGAAUCUGCUGCUGUUUACAGUGGUGACCUCUCUCCUCAUUGUCAUUAUCUUCAUUGUGUGUUGUGCCUCUGCCAUGAGUCACAAGCGUAAACUGGACACCUUCUACCCUCCCACCAAAAAAUACCUUCCCAGGACAUACAUGGACCAUGGGGCCCAUUCAAAGGAUCCUUAUCCUGGGCUGGUGCCCCAAGCAAACACUGCCAUAGCCAAGAACCUACGCACACCAUCUAAAGCACUUGUGGGGGCCAAAGAGGGCAAAGAACCAAGACCCAAGCCCCUUGAGGGUCCAGUUAUGCAGGAGUUUGAGGAGGUGGAAGUAGAAAUGCAAAAGGAUGAACCAAAACUGCAAUCUGUAAAACAAAGUGCUAGUCAAAGUACAAGUCAACCUGUGGUGUGCACCUGCCACCUCAGGAAGGCCAGUCCCCCGUCUGAGUGAGAAAGUGAGAUUGACAGGUAGUGAUACAUAACAUUUUUUCCAGGGAAAAGAAUGGUUCAUUUCUUUGUCAUAAUAAUUCUACUGUUACAAAUUCCUGAUUUCUGAUUAUUUUUCUUUCUGCAAUUCUGUAACACAGUGUUUAAUACUAAUUUUAAUUCAAUGUGAUUGUUUCCUGUUCAGGAACAUGUAUUAUUAAUAGGCUGUUACACAAUAUUAAAGGAAGUUUGUGAGCACGUAUACAUCUCUGCUGGGCAUACAUUAAAAUGUUUAUGAUUUCAAGAACCAAAAUGUAUUUCAAGUCUAUUGUAGUCUAUGAAAACAAGCUCAGACCAUGUUGCAUAUGAUCACUGAGCCAACCUUGUCAUAAACGCACACUGGUCACUGUGCUGAUGUAUUAAAUCCAUUAUGAUUAGUAAUUGCAUAAAAUGGAGUAAUGUGUUAUGGUCAUUUGUAAUGUGACAGAAUGUUUUGCUAAGUGUAAAAUUGUCCAUACCAGUAAAAAGCCAAAAUAGACUAAUUAUAAUAACUUAACAGAUGUAUUUGUUUGAUAUAUGUUGAUUGCCCUUAAUAAAAUGAGACAUUUUGCAUGGAAAA